AUGGACCUUGAGGGGCCAAAGGGGCCGAGAAGAGGAACGUCUCAGGAGAAUGAACAGUGGAAGAAAGAGACCUUGGAGGAUGAAUUCUCUGGCGUGAGGCUGCAGAAGCUAGAACAACAGCGACAGCUAUUUGAGAAGAAGCAGCGCAGGAAACGCCAGGAGCCCCUCAUGGUUCAGGCCAAUCCUGAUGCUUCCCUGAGGCACCGGCGACCAAGGCGCGGGGAGGAGCGCUUCCAGAGUGACAGCAGCUGGGGCCUUGGUGUUGGGAGCCCUUUCCUCCAGGAGAACGUACCACAGGCGCAUCUGCCCUCAGGGGCGCACAGUGCUCUUGUCACCAUGAGCUAUGUCGGAGACGGGAGUGGUGAGCGGGCCCCCCUACUGUCACCCCGAGGAGCAGUAUACACUCGGGGCAACGGCCCUGCGGUCCGCCAUCUUUGCUGGCUCCCAGAGAGCUCCGAUUCAGACGUGGAGGAAGUGACCAUGGAAGACAUCCCCGUCAUCUCCCGACCUCCCCAGACGAAUCUGGCAAACCUACGCAGGGGCUGGUUAGCCUCCCCAGGACCCGGGAUCAGUGAAGAAGAAGAGGUUGAAUCCAAGGAUGCCAGAGUUGAAGACAAGACACCCAGCCCCGUCCUAGACCCUACCGUGAACUCUGGCGGAGUUCAUGGAGACCUGACAUCCUACAAGGUGGAAGAAGACGCAGCCCAGAAUACAGAAACAGCCUCUGGCAUCGGGGAUGAAGACCCAGAGAAGAGAGAGGCCACAGAGUCUACAGAGACAAACAGUGACCCAGCGGCAUCCAAGGUUUUGCAAGGCCAUGCUGGUGACACCAGCAACCACAAUGCCUGGAACAUGACCUGCCCCCUGCCUCGCACUCCCGGCCCUCGGCUCGGGGAGGACAUGGAGGCAUAUGUGUUGCUCCCUGCACCCCGAGACCACAUGGUGCAGUGCCGCAUCGUCCGAAACAAGCAUGGCAUGGACAAGGGGAUGUUCCCCUCCUACUACCUCUACCUGGAGGCCGAGGAUGGUGUAGCACAUUUCCUUCUGGCUGGGCGGAAAAGGAAAAGAAGCAAAACUUCAAAUUAUCUCAUCUCCCUGGACCCCAAAGACAUGUCUCGCAACGGGAGCAACUUUGUAGGCAAAGUUAGAUCCAAUGUCUUGGGCACAAAAUUCACCAUCUUCGAUAAUGGGGUGAACCCUGAGCGGAGUUAUUGGGUUCCAGACAGUGCCCGGAUCAGAGAGGAGCUGGGAGUCGUGUGUUAUGAGACCAAUGUCUUGGGGUUCAGGGGACCUCGGAAAAUGACUGUGAUCCUUCCAGCAGUGGACAGUCAGAAGCAGAGGGUGAAGGUCCAGCCACAAAAUGUGAGGACUUUUGUUUCGGACCACCUGGUGCUCCAGUUUGGCCGUGUGGCCCCAAACAUAUUCACGAUGGAUUUCCGAUAUCCUCUUUGCCCGCUCCAAGCCUUCGCCAUCUGCUUAUCCAGUUUCGAUGGGAAACUGGCGUUUUUUUGAUAACUCAGUCUGGUCUCCAAGAACCAUGUAGCUGAGGCUUGCCUUGAACAUCCGGC